AAUUAAUUACAAAUAACAAAACAGUACAUAAUCUAAAAAAAAUAUAAAUAGGUUAAGAUUUUGGCGGGAUAUAAUAAACAUGAAAAAAAUCAUGAUAUUUAUGUAAAGUGCAAUGCUCUGAUAGGGACUAAAUUAUUAUUUGUAUGGAUUAUCGCUAUUAAUGUGAUUAUGGAUCAGGAGAACAGGAUUGUUGUACUGAUAGAUAUGGACUGUUUUUAUUGUCAAGUAGAAGAAAAAUUAAAUCCACAAUUGAAAGGCAAACCAAUUGCUGUCGUGCAAUAUAAUCCCUGGAGAGGAGGAGGAAUUAUAGCCGUGAACUAUGUUGCUCGAGCCAUGGGAGUAACCAGGCACAUGAGAGGUAAUGAAGCUAAGCAGAAGUGUCCAGAAAUACAACUACCAUCGGUACCAUGUUUCAGAGGGAAGGCGGAUAUAACCAAGUACAGAGAAGCGGGCAAAGAUGUUGCUAAGGUCCUACAAAGGUUUACACCCUUAUUGGAAAGAGCUUCUAUUGAUGAGGCAUAUUUAGAUAUCACAGACCCGGUGCGGAAGAGAAUUCUAAACAUUGAUGUCGGGGACAUAAAUUCUAACAUGUUACCAAAUAAUUUUGCCCUCGGUUAUGAUACAUUAGAUUCCUUCAUAUCUGAUGUACAUAGCUGUGGCCUGUCGUCUAUGGAGUUUGAUUAUGAACACUCAAAACAUCUUCUUGUCGGUGCUCUCAUAGUUAGCGAGAUAAGGGCUGCGGUAUACGCUGAAACUGGCUACCAAUGUUCAGCCGGGAUAGCUCAUAAUAAAAUCUUGGCAAAGCUUGUGUGUGGUAUGAACAAGCCCAACAAACAGACAGUUUUACCAAAACAUUCUGUUAACAUUCUAUACAAGACAUUGUCACUCAAAAAAGUAAAGCACUUGGGUGGGAAGUUUGGGGAUCACGUCGCUGAAACUCUUAAUAUUAGUACGAUGGGACAACUGCAGACAUUCACGGAAAAGGAUCUUCAGGCAAGAUUUGAUGAAAAGAACGGUUCCUGGUUGUACAAUAUUGCCCGCGGCGUUGACUUGGAACCAGUCCAAGCUAGAUUUAACCCUAAAAGUAUCGGUUGUUGCAAACAGCUGAGAGGCAAAGCGGCUCUACAGGAUUUAGUCAGCCUCAGGAAGUGGCUUCGAGAUCUGGGCGAUGAAAUCGAGAACCGAUUGGAACAGGACUCAUUAGAAAAUAGUCGGAUCCCGAAGCAAAUGGUUGUUAGUUUUUCUUUACAAGCUUCCAAAGGGAAGAGAGAUAUAAGUAGUUCAAGGUCUUACAAUUUCAGCCCCGAAGAUGAAUUAUGUGGAGAAAUAUUUUCGAGUAAGGCCUUGGAGCUAGUGAUGGACAGUGCCGAAGGCUGCAAACCGACAGAUGGCGAACUCAACAGGAUGUUGAAAGCACCGAUAACGUUUUUAGGCAUAAGUGUUGGGAAAUUUGAUGAUAAUAUUGAUGCGAAGAAAACGAAAAAGAUCAAAGAUUAUUUCAGUGCCGGGUCGUCUAAGGAUGUGUCACAAACCGAUGAAAGCGUUAGGAUAAAACCUGAGAGAUGUGUUGAGAAGGAUGGAACCAACGCUGGCAAAGAAUACGUUUUAGAAAAAUACUUUGAAUCAUCUGAUGACGUUAGAAAAGAAAAUAUUACGAGUAAAAUAAGUACAGAAACAGAACAACGUAAAGAGACGGUAUACCAAUCCAGUUUGGACAGACAGGAGUCAUUUUUUGCAAAAUAUUUAAACAGUGGAAGAUCAAAUGUUGCGAAUGACAGAACGCCUUGCACACGCGCGGCGACGCCUGUUUGUAACGUGGAAUGUAACGCUGAAGCCAGUAACGACACGGACUAUUCAGGUUCAACAAUAAAUGAGGAAAUUAACAGGAGUAUAGCUCUCUUUGAAGAUGAUCCAGAUGAUGUAACGCGAGUUGUUAAUAUGAGGCAGCUGUUGAAGACAUCGGAAGCGAAGUUAGAAGAUGUGGAGGAUGGAGACAGAGCUCAGACAGGAACAUCGCCGAUAGAACCUGAACGAAAUAAAUCUCCCGAUAUAAACAGCGUUGAAUGCUCUGAAUGUGGCAAGACAGUGUCUUUGGACAAAUUCGAUGAACACUCAGAUUAUCAUUUAGCGCUUAAAUUAAGAGAGGAAAUGAGACAGGAGGUCAGAAGAGAACAGAACAGAACAAAAUCUGUUCUGUCAGAAACUAAUAAGAAUUCUCCAAAUAAAAAAGAAACACCAGAAAAACAAUGCACCAGGAGUGACAAUGUACCUUCAAUAGUCAAUUUCUUUACAAAAUUCGACAGAUCCAUUGAAACAAAAUUAUGUGCGGAAUGUGGAAAGAAAGUCCCCAUUAACAAACUCCCUGAACAUCUAGAUUUCCACGAAGCUCAGAAAUUGAGCAGAGAAAUAAACAACCGGUCAAGUGUAGUGAAUGUAACGAGUGCUAAAAGAAAAAGAAAGUCGUCAUCUCCAGUUAAAAAAAACAAAGUGCCUUGUAAGUCAAUAGAUCUGUUCUUUAGACAAUAGGAAGAUAAUAACUAGAGAUGACCUCAGUAAAUGAUAUGAAUGGUUUAAAAUAUAUUAUGAAUUAAAUAUUAUAA